UCUCCCUCCCUUUCUAUUCUAUCACCACUAAAGAGACAUUACUACCACUUUUACACCCUUUUAUGUAACUUUUUACUGCAUAAUCAUUUCCUUUAUAUCUAAGACUCUGCACUAUAAACAUCAAGAAAGGAGAUAACUUUUCCUUCCUCUACACAUAUUUGAAGGUUCAAUUUAAAGAAAAUGGAAGGAUAAUUAAAGAACAUUUGAAACUGACUAUAUGGGAGGAGGAAGAGGAGGAGGUUAUGUUGGCGGUUUUCUACAGAUGUUCGAUUGGAACUCGAAAUCUAGAAAGAAACUGUUUGCUGGUAGCAAGUCCAAUUUUCUAGUACCAGAUCAGAAGAAAAGAACAGAACAGAAUCUGCCAACGACCCAUGAGGAGGAGGAGGAGGAUGAAGCUACUAACUACAGUUGUUCUUCGUCUGUAAUUAACGAAGAAGAUGAUCAUGGGUAUAGAAUUAAGACUACUAAUGUUGUUGCCAGGUUAAUGGGAUUGGAUUCUUUACCCACUUCCAAUUUCGAAGAAGAAAAAGAAGAAGAAACACCUAUUUCUCUUGGAGAUAAACAGGAAAAGGUUGACAAUUUGGUUCAGAGAGCCAUAAACAAGCAGCAGACGCCUGUUGAGAAGUUUCAAGCCGAAAUCUUGCCACGAAAAACAGCUAAAUCGAUCCCAAUCACUCAAAAUAAGCUCUUAUCUCCCAUAAAAAGCCCCAGUUUCGUUCCAUCUUAUAAGGAUGCAGCUCAAAUAAUGGAAGCAGUCUCCAAGAUUAUCGAACCAGCAUUACAGGCAAAUUCUACUUCUAAAAAGGUCAUUAAACUACAACUUCCUUCAGUUCCAUUGAAAACCAAGGACUUGAAGGAGAAGGCAACAGCAGCUUCAAUUGGCUGCAGCAGCAGCAGCAGAAGAAGAAUGAGGAGCUGCAGCAACUUCAAUUCAGAUUCGGAUAAAGAAAAGUCUGUUUCACUUGCUAUCCAAGCAAAGGUGAAUGUUCAAAGGAGAGAAGGAAUAUCGAGACAAAGCAGUAACAACAUUUCGAUCCAACCGAAUAAGAAUAAUAAUACCCAGAAGAAGAAAACCUCGAGUACUGUAGUCCUCAGGCAGAAUAACCAGAAACAGAAUUGCCGUCCAACUGAGAAAGAUAACAAUUAUAAGUCAACAUCACAUGGUAGAAGAAGAUCCGUAUUAACAUUAGAUGAUUCUUCUUCUAAUUCUUCCCUGAAAGUCAAUUCGAGAAAGUUCGACCACGAUGAUGAAGACGACAAACAAAGUGUCUCAUCGUCUUCUUCAUCAAUCACUAAAACAGUUUCUCGAAAGAAACAGUUGAUAGCUACAGACAAGAGGAAUGAUAUUGUGUCUUUUACAUUCACAACUCCGAUGAGAUCAGGAAUUACUACUCCAAUGGCGUUUGAGAAAACUGAUGAUUUAACUGCUUUGUUGGAGCAAAAGCUUAAGGAAAUAACUAAUAUGGUUCAAUCAUGCAAGCACAACCCACAGGAUCGAGAAAUGGAUCUUUCGGGUACAUCUAGAACGAAACUAUGGGAGCUCGAAUAUGUCAAGGAAAUACUAUCUGGGGUUGAGUUUAUGAUCGAGGACUAUGUGAUAGGCCGAUCAAAGAGGAUCAUAAAUCCCCAACUUUUUCAUCAAAUUGAAAGUCCAAUAAGAGGAGAAGAUCAGAGUAAGAAGCUUCUGUUUGAUUGUGUGGGCGAAUCCAUGGAGUUGAGAUGCAUGUCAGGCAGAGGAUGGAAAGCAGCAUUGUCGUUUGGUAGAAGCAUAAGAAGAAGAAAAACGUUAGCAGAAGAAGUGUAUGGGGAGAUCUCGGGAUGGAGAGGCGCAGGAAUAGGAAAGGGAGGUAAGGAAGAAGAAGAUCGCAUGGUGGAUGAUCUAGUUGAUAGAGACAUGAGUAGCCAAUAUGGAAAAUGGAUCGACUUUGAAAUUGAAAUAUUCCAAAUCGGCGUCGAGAUUCAAGGUCAAAUCCUUAACACGUUAAUCAAUCAAGUCAUCGCUGAUAUGAUUGCAAGCAGCAGCUAUAAGCUAUAAGAAUGGAUUUGCUCAUUUUAUUAUGGUGGUUGUAAUAGAGUUGUAUUUUAUUUGAACUCUUUGCUUUCUGUUGUU